UCUCUGUCCUCCAGCUCCCUCUCUCUCUCUCUCUCUACCUCCUUCUUCUGUUCAAGAUUUUCUAAAACAGUAAAAAUCUAGACCGGGAACCAAGCCUCUUCUCCCUCUCUGCUACUUUGCCGCUCUCCACGUUCCCGCUGCAAAAAAGAAAUUCACCCCCUACUACCACCACCAUCACAAUCUCCCUAUUUUCCCUUUUUAACCAAGGAAAAAAACAAAAACCCUAACCCUAUCUCCAAUUAAAUUCACCCCCCCCUUCGCCUUCUUUCCUAAUCCCAUCCGACUUCCUUUCAUUUCUUUUUAACAAAAUUGAUUGAUUCUAUCUUCUUCUUGAUUCGGAGAAUUUGUUGUUUGAUUUCACGGACCUCUCAGAUCAACCCAGAUCUGGAUUCCGACUAUGUGAACGACCCUUCCUCCUCUCUCACUGUUACUCUCUGUGUUCUUGAAUCUGAUACUCAAUCCCCACUUCCCAGUUACCUGAUUGGAAUUCGUAUCGAGCAACAUGCAUUGCUUUAAUCACCUGCUUCUGUGAUUUGAGUGCUGGCAAGUGUGGUUCAGUUCACAAUGGGGGAAAUUGCAGCUCCAGCUUGUCAGGAGGUCACUGUCGAUGGGGUUACGGACGACAAGAAGAAUGGUUCUGAAACAAUUCCAUUGAACGGCGAUGAAGAUGGGGAUACCCCGGAGCCUAAAGAUUCGAAACUGGGGUUGCCUCCCGUUAAGGAGCAGCAGGGGAAAGAAGCUUCCCACGAGGAUAUGACGUCUGAGGUUUACAACCCAGUAAUUUCCCCGAGGGAGAAUAAUGCCGCCGCCUCUGGUGGCUGCUUGGGCACUGCCAGCCCGAGGACUGAAGUUGUGGCGAGGACUAAUAAUGAAGUGGGUUCGAGCGAAGUGACGUCACAUUCUUCUGGUUCUUCCAGCCCAGCCGAGACCUUGAGCGAGGAUGGGGAACCCAGCAGCGGAAACAAAACCAACAAUUCGGCAAAUGAUUCCUUCAGUCCAUUCUCCACGACCCAUGUGGUGUUGGAGAUUCCCAAGGAUGCAAGCAGUUCCUCGGGGAUUAGGAAGAUUACUUUUAAGUUCAGCAAAAGGAAAGAGGAUUAUGAUACUGCUCCUGCAGCUCCUACCUCGGUUGAGCACAUGAAUGACGACAAUGUUCACGAAUCAUCAUAUGGCUACGAGAAAUAUGGUAGGGGAUACUCUGGAUGGAAUGAUUCCGAUGUCUAUAUGACUGAAACGCAAGAUGCUUACUCGUUCAUGCCCACUAUGGAAACUACUCUGUCUAAGAAGCUUUUAGCCAACUAUCCAACGAAUGUGAAGAAAUUGCUCGCCAUUGGGAUCCUUGAUGGUGCUCGGGUCAGAUAUAUCUCUUUUGCUCCAGAGCGAGAGUUAGAGGGGGUCAUAGCAGGUGGCGGAUAUCUAUGUGGCUGUUCUGUCUGCAGUUUCUCCAAGGUUCUCAGUGCAUACGAGUUUGAGCAGCAUGCUGGUGUUAAGACCAGGCAUCCAAACAGCCACAUAUAUUUAGACAACGGCAAGCCAAUCAGUAGUGUCGUUCACGAGAUAAAAACUGCUCCAUUGAAUGAAGUUGAGGAAGUGAUAAGGGAUGCGGUUGGUUCCUCCCUCAAUGAAGAGUUCUUCCAGAACUGGAUAGCUGGGUUCCAGCAGAGCUAUGGAAUGGUUGAAGAAGAUAACUACUUUGUCAAAAAGCCUAGUUAUUUACUUCAGUCUGAUGUCAGCUGCUCUAGUCAUGCUUUUGAAGAAAGUUACUGGAGUGGGUAUGGUUCUUAUGUAGAUAACAGGUCAAUCAGCCAGCAGCCGUACAUGGAGACUACAUCUGGGAAAAAACGUUCGAUGAAGCGAGCUCGUGACCAUGCUUCUGGCUCUGUUCGGAAAAAUAAUUCAAAAAGAAGAAGGGACAAUGAUCUUCAUCGGUUACUUUUCAUGCCAAAUGGUCUCCCUGAUGGUGCUGAAUUAGCUUACUUUGUUAAAGGACAGGAAAUGCUGAGUGGCUACAAGUUGGGCAACGGUAUAUUUUGCAACUGCUGUAAGAAAGAGAUCAGUCCUUCACAGUUUGAAGCCCAUGCUGGAAUGGCUGCAAGGCGUCAACCAUAUCGUCACAUCUAUACUUCUAAUGGAGUGAGCCUCCAUGAUAUAGCCAUUUCAUUGGCAAAUGGGCAAAAUCUUGUUACUGGUGUCAGUGAUGAUAUGUGUGCAAAAUGUGGAGAUGGAGGGGAUCUUGUUUAUUGUGAUAAUUGCCCUCAGGCUUUCCAUCGAGCAUGUAUAGAGCAACAGUAUAUUCCAGAAGGUCCUUGGCAUUGUCCAGACUGCAAGGAAGUUGGUCCUGAAGAAAAUUUUGCUAGAGCUAAUGUCAUCCGGUUGAAGCGAGUUGUUCAAACACCAGAAUAUGAUGUUGGUGGUUGUGUUGUUUGCAGGGCUCGUGAUUUUAUUUCUGGUACUUUUGAUGACCGCACAGUUAUCUUCUGUGAUCAGUGCGAGAGGGAAUUCCACGUUGGUUGCUUGAGGGAGCGUGGUCUGUGUGAUUUAAAAGAAAUACCGGAAGGAAAAUGGUUUUGCUGUAAUGAAUGUUAUCGGAUCUAUGUCGCUCUGCAGAAGUCUAUUUCUAGUGGAGUGCAGACAGUAUCUGAUUCUCAGCUGGACAUCAUCUGUCGAAAGCACUCAGAGAGAGGAUUAAACAUUGAUAGAGCUAAUGUCCAAUGGCAUAUUCUGAUGGGAAAAGAACGCCGUGAAGAAGAUCUUCCCUUCCUUUCGAAAGCUACAUCAAUUUUUCGGGAGUGUUUUGAUCCCAUCAAAGCUAGAAAAGGUCGUGAUCUGAUUCCUCUUAUGGUGUAUGGGAGGAACAUAUCUGGACAAGAGUUCCAGGGGAUGUAUUGCGUGGUUCUGACUGUGAAGAAUGUUGUGGUAUCUGCUGGUCUCCUUAGAUUUUUCGGCAGUGAGGUUGCUGAACUUCCCCUAGUGGCGACCAGUCGAAAGCAUCAGGGGAAAGGUUACUUCCAAGCUCUCUUUUCAUGCGUGGAGAGAUUUCUGCGCUCAUUGAAAGUGGAGAGCCUGGUGCUUCCCGCUGCUGUGGAAGCCGAAUCGAUCUGGACUAAAAGAUUUGGCUUCGAAAGGAUGAGCGAUGAAAAUUGGAUAAAGUACUCGAAGGAAUUCCAGCUGACGAUGUUCGGUGGUACAUCGAUGCUGGAGAAGAAGGUGCCAGUGGAAAUCGACUGAACAAAGACUGGUGCGUGCGCUUCAAACUUUCCAAUAACUCCAAGCCUGGGCAAGGAAGAGGGGGAAAAAAAGGGAAGAAGUAGAAAGGUGCCUCAGAGAUUUAGAUAGUAGUAGGGCUCUUUAACCAUGCGGGGUUUUGGGGAAAUAUGCUUCUGCUGCAUCAUUUAUUGUUAAAAAUGGUUUCCUUCCUGCUCCGGCAGCAGUAAGGGAUUCUUUUUGGAUGAAAUAUUUCUUGGUAGCAGCUGAAUUUGAUAGCUGCAAAAGGGUAUUAGGGAGGGUAAAAAAUUAGGGCGGAAUUUCGUAGGUAGACAGUCGGCAGGGUUUUCGGUCUUUCUCUAUUUUGAUAAAAAAAAAAUGCAUGCGUGUGAAGCCGUCUGUACUUCUCACUUCUCAUACGGACGUAUCGUGCACAGGGAAAAAGGGCACUCUUCUUUUUAUUAUCGGUACCCUUUUUCUAUAUGAAUCCCAGAAACAGUUCAGAACUUUGUGGAGCAUAGAUUGUUUCUUAUGUUUUCUUUUAACUUAGAGCAUUUAUAUCAAUGCAAUUACAAAAUUAAUUGCAUAUUAAAUUUUUAUUGCCAC